AGUGAGCCAGAGACAGAGGACAGGAGAAGGAGAGAGAGAGACUCAGAGGACAGGAGAGAGAGAGACUCAGAGGACAGGAGAGAGAGAGACUCAGAGGACAGGAGAGAGAGAGACUCAGAGGGGGAAGACAGUGAGGAAGAGGAUGAUGAUGAUGAUGAUGAAGAUGAAGAAGAGGAGCCUAAUCUCAAAACAAAGCACCAUUCCAAAUUGAAACGGUCAGGGAAGAAAGUAAGUCAGGGUUCUUAAUGAGGUACGAUACCAGGCAUUAUACACUGGUAUACUAGACUACAGGACACAGAUAAACUGUUCCUGUAUGUCUCCCUAUAGCACUAAAGCAGGGUCAGUGAGGUUAGACAUAUGCAGAGAUUGUCCUUUCCCUAACCUUGAUCCUAACCCUAACCCUAUAGCUUCAUGUCCACACCCCAGCUCAACCCUAACCCUAGCCACAACCCUAACGUUAACCUCCCUCCCUCCACAGAAGAAGAAGGCAGCAGUAGUUGCUGAGACUCUGUCUAACCUGGUGGUCUACACCAAGUCAGUGAAGUUCCACAGCUUCGGCCACGCCAGAGAACACCAGCAGUACUAUGAGAAUACCUCUCUGGGGGAGAAGAAGGCUCACAAGCUGGUCAAGACCUCAGGUUUGUUGAAGAUUGUUUCUAAAAAAAAAAUGUUUUACCUUGGAAGACUGACCAAAUUAGUGUUUCAAACUGCACAUGGGGGACCACAUUUGCAGGUAUCUGGCAAUGUAUCAAAUGUUGAACACAGGCAGCAGUAAAAACAGGAUUUGAGUGUCUCAUAUUCAUACUGCUAGUGAAAAGGAAAAGAGACCGUUGAGAUUGGAAUGAAAAGAGUCUAUUGAGAUUUGAAUGAAAAGAGACCGUUGAGAUUGGAAUUCAAAGCACAAUCAGUACACAGGUCAUCAUACUACUGUGUGGAGAUAGAGUGGAGGGAAAUGAUGUAGUGAGAGAUAGAUGAGUUCUGAUGGAUUUCACUCAACAGCCAUUAUCAGGCUCUUCUUGCUGUAAUGGCUCAAUGAUGUGGCAUUUUUUUAAAACCACAAAGCCUAUGUAUAAUGCUGCAAGGACACCCUGUCCCUGAACUAAAAGUGUAGUACCAAUUUAAUCAGCAGUUUGUGACAAAUGCUUAUCCUUCGUCUUCACCGAAUCUGAUGAGGAGGUCACAUGAUGACCAAAACUGUCAUGUCAUGUAAUGCUAAUUAAGUUACGAUGUACUUUCUCGUCUUUCCACUUCUCCUCAUUUCAUUUGACAUUUGAGUUCAUAUAGCAGUCCCUCAUAUCCAGAAGAAACGUACAAGAAUUUUAAGUAAAACAACCACAUGUUCUCAUCUCUCAGCUCCAGAUUUCGUCCAGCACAACAUGGGGUUCAUCACCAGGAUCUACCCAGCAGGCUCUAGAACCCUCUCCUCCAACUACAACCCUCAGGAGUUCUGGAAUGUAGGCUCACAGCUGGGUAGGUGGACUGGGUGCCAUGUUCACACCAAAACUUCCUGGAAUGCCAAUUAAGAAUGUAACGGUCUUUGGACCGCUUGGUGUGAUCAUUUCGUUCAUUUCUGCUGUGUUUAACGUGAGAGCUUGGGUGAAUACAAUUUUCAAUUCAUUCGUUAUGUAAAAUAAACUUGACGUUGCACUUGAGAAGAGUCGAAAACUUUUGAAUAACAAAAAUGUAUUUAUGGAACAGACAUUCACUUCAUAUUCCUUUCAUGCCAACUUUGUUUCUUUGGUGAGAUUGAGAUUCUGACAACUUCAUUUUAAUUGCUUGAAGGCAGAAAGAGAUGAAUCCCCUUUGUCAUUCUAUUUGACACAAAACAAAACAUAACUUUUCAAAUCAAACUCUAUUCAAAGAGCCCUGGCUGUGCUUGGUAAUGUUGAACUGUAAGGAAAUACAUUGAAUGUGUAAGUUUGUGAGUUCGUGGUUGACGGAGAGCUGGAGAAUGUAAUCUGUCUGGUCUUGUCUGUGCCUGUGUUGAAAUGCUAUUAUUGUGUCAUCUGGACUCUUACAGUGGCUCUGAACUUCCAGUCGUUGGGCCUGCCCAUGGACCUGAACAACGGGCGUUUCCAGGACAACGGUGGCUGUGGUUACGUCCUCAAACCCUUCUUCCUCAGGGCCAAGCAGUGGGGCUUUAAUCCAAACGGUUACCGUCACAACCUGAAGCCAGCACAUCUACUGCUGAAGGUACGGGAACUGUGUGAUGCAAGGAUGUGGGCGUGUGAGUGGGGAUGGCGUGGGUGGGGAGGGGGUGUGGAGGGGGGGAGGGGGUGUGGAGGGGGGGAGGGGGUGUGUGAGGAGGGUGUGUGGAGGGGGGGAGGGUGUCUGUGA